GCCGGGACCGGCGCACGCAGCCGCGCAGCCAGGAGGGACCCCGGGCAGCCGCCCGCCGGUGGGCCAGGCCGUUCUGGAUUGACCGCAGCCGCUACUCACAUCACUGCUCCUAGUGCAUGCUGGGAAAGCAGAGAGGGAUUUUGCCGACUUGUCAGAGGAAAGUAAAACCUGAGCCCCCGCUCGAAGAUGCUGUCUGGGAAGGUGGAGAAGAGGAUUGCUUCCUCCGUAUACAUUACCCUGGCCCCUCCCAGGAGGGACACGGUCAUCAAGGCUGAUGUAAAGCCAGAGGCACGUCAGCCGAGCUCAGACCACCCAAAGGAGGCUACGAAAUCUGAUGGGACCCACCAGCCCCAAGGGUCGCCACCAAAGAAACUGCCCAACAGCAGGACACUGGGCAGUGCCGGGCCCUCGUCGGGAGCGGCGGGCUUGUCCAACGGAGGUUUCUCCUCCUUUCCUCGUCCUGUCCUGACCGACAUUCCCACAGGCUCGGACCCAGAGAGCCCCCUGCCGUCUCCUCCGCCGUAUCUUCUGUCCGAUGAACUUAACGCCCCGUCGUUGGAGACGCUUUGCCCUGAUCUGCAGAAGCUGCACAUGAGCUCACCUGUGAGCCGGCAGGCCUCCUCCACCUUCCCAGCGGCACCGAGGCAGCAUAAAAUCCAGCCGACCAGUCUGGAGCAAGCGGACGAGCGCCAGGCCCCGAAACAGAACGUGAAUGGGCUCCUGGAAAGAGACAUUUCCACAGUCUGUGCCUUUUGCCACAAGGCCAUUGCCCCCCGGACCCCGACCAUAGAAGCCAUGAACAGACAGUACCACGCGGACUGCUUCACGUGCCGGACGUGCCACGGCCUGCUAGCGGGGCAGCGCUACUACCAGAAAGAGGGCCGGCCAAUGUGCAACUCUUGCUACAAGGACACGCUGGAGAAAUGUGCCAAGUGCCAGGGUCUGAUCCUGGAGCACAUCAUCCGCGCCUUGGGGAACGGGUACCACCCCGAGUGUUUCAUGUGCUCCGUGUGUGGGCGGAGCAUCGGGGACGAGAGCUUUGCCGUGAAUGACCAGAACGAGGUGCACUGCGUGGAUGAUUUCUACAGGAAGUACGCCUCCAUCUGCAGCGUCUGUGAGACACCCAUCAUCCCACAGGAGGGGAAAGAUGCCUAUAGGAUAGAAUGCAUGGGGCGAACCUUCCAUGAAAGCUGCUAUCGCUGUGAGAAUUGCAGGAUUCCCCUGUCCACCGAGCCAGCGGAGAACGGCUGCUACCCCUUGGACAGCCACGUCCUCUGCAAGCCCUGUCACAUCAAACAGAAGAAUGAAUCGUUCUGCUAAGAGAGCCAGGCGGGCUUCCCCAGAAAACCGUGGAUGCAGUCGCAUGGCUGAGAUGAGCCGAAUCUCUGUACUAUGGCAGUGUUCUUAUCCUCUGCAUUCAUUUAUGUCCAACUUUCUGUCCUGACUGUCUCUCUUAUGGUAGGACCAUAUUAGUAGCUCUGAGCUUUAGCAGCAAAGUCCUACCACGCAGCAAAGUCCUUCCUAAUCGGCCAUGCGACCAGCCCUGAGAGGUGGCAGUGGAACCGUCUUCUUCUCUCUUUCCCUCCAGUCUGGCUCUGCUUAUCUUCCACGGCUCCGCCAGCUGGCUUCCUCUGCCCCCCAAUGGCUCCGUGCACGGGACCAAACCAGCAGCUGCUGAUGGGACGAGUGAGAUUGAUUAAAAUGAUGUUUCAAAGCA